AUGGAGUCUAAACUUCGAUUUAAUCGAUGUUGUAAUCCAUUGAAAUUAGAAAAUCAUUCAAUGAGUAAGGGAUUAAGACGAGCUUCUACAAAGUUUCAAGAAGCAUGGAAGUUGAGUCGUUUUGAUUAUUUGUGCACAAUAUGCAGAAAAAAAUUGAAAUCCUUAAAAUCAGUUGCAUCUACAUCAAGUAAUAUUAGUAGGAGUGAAAGUGAUGCAAGUGACUAUGACUUUAAUGAUGACGAUAGUAGUAAUGUUUCUGUCAUUGAGAAUCAUGAUGUUGUUCUUGACGAUUAUAUCGUACAUGAUGAUAGAACUGACACUGACACCGAUAACUGUGAAAUAAGUGAACCAGUAUCAAUUAGCAAUUCAUUUUCUUCAGGAUUAAUAUCUUUAUCUGGUGAUGAAGUUACUCGAACUCUAUCGCAGUUGAGUCUUGGAAUAAAUGAUAAAUCUAACCAUUAUCAGAACUCAGUUGAUUACCAAAAUAUUGUAGAGAAUCUCAAAGCUAAAUUUAAGGCUGAGAGUACUACUAGAAGUGAAAAAUUACAAAUUUUAACUCUAUUGCCUUCUGAUUGGAGCAUCAAUAAGAUUUGCGAUGUUAUGGGUGCUACAAAACACAUGGCAAUAGUGUCAAAACUUUUAAAAGAAAAAAAAGGAACUUUGUCGAUGCCACAGAGAAAAAUAGGACGACCCCUAUCGAACGAAACUAAAUGCAAGGUCAUAGAAUUUUAUAAAAAUGAUGAUGUAAGUGUAAAUCUGCCUGGUAAAAAAGAUUUUGUUUCUAUGCGAAAAAAGGAUGGUCAAAAAGAACAUAUCCAAAAAAAACUUAUUUUGUGCAAUUUAAAAGAAUUGUAUAAAAUAUUUAAGGAACAGUAUCCUGAUGAUUGGAUAGGGUUUUCUAGCUUUGCAUCAUUAAGACCUGUCCAUUGUGUACUUGCAGGAUCGAGUGGUACUCACACUAUUUGUGUGUGUGCUAUCCAUCAAAAUAUAAAACUCAUGAUGUUAGGUUCUAAUUUAACAACGCUAACUCAUCAUUCGACAAUUCCUUUGAUGCAAUAUAGUGAUUGUUUUAAGCUAGUACUAUGUCCCAAUCCAUCAUCUGAUUGUUACUUCUUGAAAUGUGUAAAGUGCCCAGGAAUCGAUGUUCUCCGAAGUAUGUUAGAAACCUUAUUCGAUGAAAAUGCAGUAGAUGAUAUCACAUAUAAAUAUUGGAUAUCUAAUCCUCGUUGUCGUCUUGAAACAUUUAUCAAGAGCUCCUUGGAAUUCGUCAACAUAUUUUGUGAUCAUAUAGUAAAUCUUUUACCACAUGAUUUUAUUGCUAAACAACAAUCUGCUUUCCUGAAACUCAAAAAAGAAUCGUUACAGGAUAAUGAGUUUUUAGCGAUUUGUGAUUUUGCUGAAAAUUACGCCUUUGUAAUACAGGACGCAGCGCCGGGAUUUCAUUGGAAUAAUAAUCAAGCAACGAUUUUUCCAGUUGUAAUCUAUUACAAACAGAACAGCGAACUGAAGCAUCGAAGUUUAGUCAUAAUUUCUGAUGGCAAUAAUCAUGACGCAAUUGCUGUGCAUGUGUAUCUUAAAAUUAUUAACGAUUUUCUAAAAGAAUCGUUUUCCAAUGCAACUAAAAUAGUUUACUUCUCUGAUGAUGCUCCGCAACAAUUUAAAAACUUCAAGAACUUCGUAAAUAUUUAUUACCACAAAAAGGAUUUCAACUUAGAUGCUGAAUGGCAUUAUUUUGCUACAGCACACGGUAAAGGACCGUGUGAUGGAAUUGGAGGAACAGUGAAAAGAAUUGCGGCGAGAGUAAGUCUUCAACGGCCAAUUCAUGAGCAAAUAACAACAGCUCACGAACUAUUUGAAUGGGCAUCUAAACCAAGCAGUCUGCCGAAUAUUGCUGUCAAAUUUUCACCAGAAAAAGAUUACUUAAAUGCAAAAGAAAAAUUGGAUUCUCGAUACAAUACUGCUAAGUCAAUUACAGGGACACAGAAAUUUCAUUCCAUUAUUCCAAUAGGCAGCGGAAACAUACUAGCUAAGGAGUACUCUAGUUCAAAUGAUAGUCGUACAUACAACGGGACCGAAAGCACCGUACUCCUAAACGAGAGAAGACGCUCCGUGUUCUCAUUUCGAGAGAAGAAGCCAGUGACGCCAGGCCCCCAUAUGGGAGAAGAUACCAAUCGGAAUCUCCGUCAGGACGGAAAGAGACCUAAUCAGACUACGCAUUGA